AAAAAAAGCUUAAUUAAAAAUCCAACAAUGUUUUUUUCUUAAGUUUAUACAAAGUCAGUUAAAAUCGUGAAUGCAAAGAGAAUAAAUUAUUGUGAGAGUUUAACAAAGUGUUCCUUUAUAUAUAUUCGCAAGAAUUUUCAACUUAAAAAUACUCAUUUUACUUCAGCUUAAUUUUAAAGGUUUCAUUUACAAAGAUGAAAAAAUGUAGCUUGCUUACCUUAUUUUUAAGUAUCCUUGUUUCAUCUCUUUCCUACAGACUAUACGAUCAGGUAACAGAUAAAGAUCUAACUGUGAUCUAUCAAAAUUUAAAUGAAAUUUUUAAUGAAUUAGAAGAUUCGUCUUAUGAAGCUUCACCUUUGAAACGCUUUUCAAAAAGUUACAAUUCAAAUCAAAAUAACAGAGAUAUUAUCGAACCAAUUAGUGAGGGUAAUGAGAUUGAAAAAAUUUCAAAAAUUCCUCAAAAUGGCGAACUCUUUGAAGAAGACAUUAUCAUGGAUGCAAGACUAAGAAAUGCUGUAAAUGACAAAUUUUUAAGUAAAAAAUCAGCUAUUGUGUCCGAAGAUAUAAAGUGGGAUAAUGGUGUACUACCAUAUGUUAUUGAUGAAUCACUCAAACCAUGUGCAUAUAAUCUGCUAAUGGAAGCCAUUGAAGAGUUUAAAAAAAGAACCUGUAUAAAACUUGUUCCACGAACUAAUGAAUCAGAUUAUGUAAUUUAUACAUCUGAAGAAGAUACGUGUUCAUCUCAUAUUGGUAGACAAGGAGGUCCUCAAAAGAUUUUUAUUGGUGAAAGCUGUUGUGUUCUUGGCACUGUUGAACAUGAAACUAUGCACUCACUUGGAUUUAUUCAUGAACACUCAAGGCCAGAUAGAGAUGAUUUCAUUAAAGUUGAGUUUGCUAACAUAAAGGAAGAGGACUUUGUCAACUUUGAAAAGUACAGUUUUGCGAAUGUUAAUGACGAAAAUGUAGAUUACAACUUUAAUAGUGUUAUGCAUUACCGAGGUGACGCUUUUACAAAAAACGGAAAAAAUACCAUUGUACCCAGAUAUCCUGAACCCAGUGAUAAUUUCCAAUUUGGUCAACGAGUGAAGUUUAGCGAAGGUGACAUUACACAGAUUGUUCGUUUUUAUGAUUGCCGCGUCACUAAAGAAUCAUACGCCGGUUUGUUUCACGAUUAUUCUGGUUACAAAUUUGAAAAAGAAAAGAAGCGCCGGGACUCGGUUAAUAGAUCAAGAAAUGAACUUUUGAGAAAGUUAUACUCGUUCCAAAAUUUAUCAAUCUAGAUAAUGUAUUUAAAAUUUGUUUAGCUGAAGAACAAAUAACUAAUUACGUUUA